CCGGCUCUGCCCUGGGCACCUUGCAACACCCUCUGCACGUCUUUCAGGAGCCCUCAGGGGUCAGCGCAGAGCUGUUUCCAUUUUAUAGACAAGGUCACUGAGGCCCCGCAGGCGGGACCCUGGGCCGCAUGCCUGACACUGGAGUCUGAACACCUGUCCUCACACUCAUUUUAAAAAACAACAGAAGUUGCUUUGAGAAGAGGCAGACGUGCAUGCCUGUGUCUCCUAGUACCACAGAUAACGCUUCACUCCUGGAAGACAGCCCAAGAAAAGCGAGCCAUGUAUUCUAGAGAGUUUGUGGGCCGUGGGCUAUGGGUUGAGGGUGGUUUGGGUUUUCGUUUUUUUUUUUUUUUUUUAUUCUGUUAUCAUUCACUGAUAUACUCCUCUCUACAAUCUUCGAGGUAGCUGCUCUUAUCCCCAGUUCACAGAUGGAAAAAGUGAGGUGCAGAGAGAUCACAUGGAUGGCAGAGAGGGGGCUCAAACCACGGAAACCAGCCGCCAGAGAACAGAAAAGGACGAGUGGGGGACUGGGGAGGAGGGCCAGCAGUGUGCACCCAGGGCCCCGGGCCGGUUCCCCGGUUUUUGCGGUGCUUCCACAAGGGGGACAUGCAGACCUUGAGCAGAGGAUCCUGCAGAUGCUGAGGGACACUGGCUCCCCCAUGAAGGCUUUCCAGUUGGCAAAGGAAUGCCAAGUGCCCAAGAAAAAACUCAACCAAGUCCUCUACCGGAUGAAGGAAGAGUCCAAAGUCUCCCUGGAAGGCCAGGCGACAUGGGGCCUGGGCAAGGGCAGGGCUGGAGAAGUGGAGCCCACAGAGCUGGCCCAGCCCAACCAGGCAGAGAGGCCCCAGCGAGGCGUAGUUGCAGUUCCACAGGAAGCUGGCUCUCGGCUCACUAAACAGCAGGAAGACAUCUACAGGAUUCUGGAAGCCCAUGGGCCCUGUAAGGCCCUGACCAUCUCCCAGAAGCUGGGAAGGAAGACAGCAAAAGAAGUCAACCCAGACUUGUACGCCAUGAGGAGGAAGCAUCUUCUGGAUUUCGAUGAGAAGUCAAGUAUAUGGGCAAUUUAUCAACCAGAUUUGAGAGGAAGAAAUCCGGCCACUGAGAUUAUUUGCCAGAAAACUUCAAUCAACAUCAUCUGUCAGAAUGGACCAAAUAACCACAUUUCCAUUGACAAGUCUGAAGCCAUCCAGAUUGGACAUGGGAACGUCAUCAUGAGACAGGUGGCCUCUGGAGAGAAUAGCUCCAUGGCUCCCCUCCACCUCCCCCCAGUGGCGCCAGCUGAUCCCUCAACUCAGAGUUCCCCGGCUGCAGCCUGGGGACCCCAGGACAUCCACAUGGAGAAGUCUGUGCUCAGACAGGUACAGAUGGGACAUGGCAACAAGAUGAACCUCAACGGUGCCCAGGCCAGAGGCCCUGCAGCCUGGAGCCCCUUGGGCAGCCCCCCAGGCAGCCCCCCAGUCUCUGCCACCGCUGAAGGCUCAGGAGCUUCGUUUGAAAUUCGAAUGCCCCAACCAGGAUCUUCCUCCAAGGAGGAGGUGGCCCAGAGAGUCCAUAUCAGAUCAUGCUUCCUUGAGGACACUGCCAUCGGCAACAGCAACAGAAUGACUGUCAGCUCAGAGACAGCUGGUCCAGGAGGAGUUGCAAAGCCUGAGGAUGGCAGGAGGGACCCUGCGGAGCCAAGCAAGGUUGGAGGAUCCUCCCUCUGAAGGUGCAGCGCCUGGAAGCCAGUGCCCUCACGACCGUGACCAGGCCUCCCCCAGCAACGAUGGCAUCUUGACCUUCAUCUCCCACCUAGAAGCUGUGACUCUUGAAAGCAGGGAUCCCCGAACUGCGGAAGACAGUGGCCGGGUGGACAGAACCCCAGACAUGGACUCCCAGCGGCAGGUGGAGCCCAGGACAAACAGCUAGGCUCUCUCAGGAGGAGCAACACCAGUGAGCCCUUGGUAUUGUGCUUUCUGUGUUUCAUAAAUGUUGUUUUCCACCUUGUUGCCUCCUGAUGCAUGGCCGGUGAGGGUCAGCAUUCGGGCCGGGCCUGGCCCGGGGCUGGGCAAAGGCACAUCUGUCCCAACGGCCUCCUUGGCCCACCUUCCGUCAUGGCUGCCCAUGCUUCUCUCACUCAAGACCCGACUUCCUCAAGGCCCAUUGUGGCUGCCUGACCUCUUUCCCACCCGACCUUUCUAGAACCUUCCUACCUCCACUUUGAUCUCUCAUUUCUUAGCUGAACUUCCAGAGAACACACCCCUCCCCUCGAGGCCCCAGCAGAAGUCACUGGCCAGCCCACGGGUCAGGUGACCUCUGCUAGCCAGCCAUCAGGGGAUGCUUGUCGUACAGCAACGUGGUGCUUGUGGGUGGACUCGGUUCCCUCAGAAGGGUUGUGGGCACGGUGGCAUUUCCAGAACAAAGGAGUGGGGUGGGGUCUGGGCGACGCUUGGGAAGGGAGGAAGGGAGGAAGAUCGAGGAGGAUAGAGCCGUCAUCAGCCAGGCAGGACCACUGCGGAAGAGGACUGACAGCAUCCACGUGUUAUGUCAGUAACACACACGCAGCUCGGCGCCCACUACCCCUCCCGACGCCACACCUGUACCUCACUCUCUUUUGUGUGUCUUCCUCCGGACCGUGGAUGUCCAAUGCCCAGGAGCCAUGUUUCCUGGGGCUAGCAACUGCCUUCGUGGAGGAAGGGCUGGCUUAUCACGGAGCCUCAGUAAAGAAUGUCGUUGA